AUGAAGAUCGCACUUGCCGUCAUUUUCACCGCUUGUGCAGUGUUAUCGUCCGUUCUCGCAGAGGUUCCUACCGGUAUGCCGCCACCGCCUCCUUUUGGACAGGGUAUGAUGCCUCCUCUUCCACCGCCACUUCCAAGCAACGACACAGUUGGCUGGGAAAUCUUGGUAACCGUCUUGAAUCCGACUCUCUCACGUGAGCAAAAGAAGGAGCAGCUCAUGGAGUUGGCGAAGAAAUAUUGA